UUUGCGACUGUACCCGGCCGCAGUCACCAGGGCAACAGGAGAGAAGAUGGCGGAGACGGCCAGUGUGGCAUUGUUGCGGGAGGAUGGCAACAAAUAUUUUAAAUCAGGAGACUACGAGAGAGCCUUGUCUUGCUAUACACAGGCAAUUGACCUAUCCAAGGACCUGUUAGAGGGCAUGAUCCUUUACCGCAACAGAGCGGCAUGCUACCUUAAAAUGGGGGAGUACUCAAAGGCUGAAGCAGAUGCUUCAAAAGUAAUCGAGUCAGAUGGGAAGGAUGUGAAAGCCCUGUUCCGUAGGAGCCAAGCCCUGCAGGAACUAGGAAGGCUGGAUCAGGCAUUUGCUGAUAUCCAGAGAUGUGCUGUUCUGGAACCAAAGAACAAAGUAUUUCAGGAAUCAUUGCGGCAAAUUGCAACAAAGGUCCAGGAGAAGGUCCGACAACAGUCUUCUACAGAUGCCCGAGUGGAGCAGAUGUUUAACAUCCUUUUGGAUCCCAGUGAGAAAGACUCCGACAAGAAACAAAAGGCUAUUCAGAAUCUGAUUGUUCUUGCUCGGGAAGAUGCAGGGGCUGAAAGGAUUUUUCGCAGUGAUGGAGUGCACCUUCUCCAGAAGAUGUUGGACACUGGGAGUGCAGACAUCAUGCUGGCUUCACUCCGGACUCUAGUGGGGUUGUGUUCAGGCCAUCAGUCCCGGGUGACAGCGAUUUUGCACACAAUAGGAAUGGACAGGUUCUGUCGCAUGAUGGGCAGUGACCAGGAGCAGGUUUCCCUGGCAGCUUGCAAUGUCCUGCAAAACAUGUUUGAUUCAUUGAAAGGGGGAAUAAAAAGUGACAUUCGAGGAAAAGAGGAGGCAGUGGUUCUCGAACCCUUAAAGGAGUUGAAGAUGAUGAUUCAUCAGUUGUUGGAAAUGUUGGUUCAACCACAGGUGUCUACCCAUGGCCGAGACAAUUCCAUAAACCUCCUGAUUAAGCACGUUCCACGGAAAUCCUUACGCGAUCCCAACAACGCCAUGACCAUUUGGGUAAUUGACCAGGGAAUGAAGAAGAUUUUAGAAGUGGCUGGCACGGUUUCAGAAAUUCCCAACAGCCUCUCGAUAACGGACAGCGGUCGGAUGAGUGUGUCCGUAUUGCUGACCAAACUUUACGAUGACCUCAAAUGUGACGCCGAGCGAGAGGCCUUUAACAAACUCUGUGAGGACUAUGUCAGGGACCACUUUGAGUCUUCAGGGAUGGAUGGAAAGCUGCAGGCCAUCCAGACUGUGUCCACCCUACUACAGGGCCCCUCGGACGUUGGCAACCGAGUGCUGGAGAUGAGUGGGAUCUUGGAGUGCAUGAUAGCAUUGUGCAGCUCUGAGCGGGAGAUUGACCAGCUGGUGGCUGUGGAAGCUCUUAUUCAUGCUGCAGGCAAAUCGAAGCGGGCUUCAUUCAUUACUGCAAACGGGGUGACGCUUCUGAAGGACAUCUACAAGAAGAAUGAAAGUGAUCAAAUCAAAAUUAGAGCUCUGGUGGGUCUGUGCAAGGUAGGAUCUGCUGGUGGAACAGACUACAGCAUGAAGCAGUUUGCUGAAGGUUCGACUUGCAAACUAGCAAAGCAAUGUCGCAGGUGGUUAUGUAACAACUCAAAUCAGCGCAGCACUCGUCGUUGGGCAGUGGAGGGACUGGCCUAUCUGACCUUCGAUGCUGAUGUUAAGGAGGAGUUUGUGGAUGACCAAUCUGCAAUGCAAGCUAUGUUUGAACUGGCAAAGACAGAAGAUAAAACUGCUCUCUUUGCAGUUGCUUCCACCCUUGUAAACUGCACGAACAGCUAUGAUAAGGAGACUCCUGAUCCUCAGCUUCUGGAACUGGCCAAAUAUGCCAAACAGCACGUGCCAGAGGAACAUCCCAAGGAUAAACCCAAGUAUGUGCAGAAACGGAUUGGAAAACUGCUGAAGGCAGGAGUGGUGUCGGCACUAGUGUGUAUGACAAAGAAGGAUAGUCCAGCCCUGACAGAUUCCUGCAAAGAGAUGAUUGCACGUGUGUUCCUAGCUCUGGUAGAGACUCCAGAGGAUCGUGGAAUUGUGGUAGCUCAGGGUGGAGGGAAGGCUCUGAUUCCUCUGGCAUCAGAAGGCACAGAAGUUGGCAAGACCAAGGCAGCCCAGGCUUUGGCAAAGAUAACAAUCACCUCAAAUCCCGAGAUUGCCUUCCCUGGAGAGAGGGUUUAUGAGGUAAUCCGACCGUUGGUCAGCCUUUUACAUCUUGACCGUACUGGGUUGCAGAACUUUGAGUCACUGAUGGCAUUAACCAAUUUGGCCGGUAUUAGUGAGAGACUGCGGCAGAAGAUUAUUAAGGAAAAAGCCAUUCCAAUGAUUGAGAGUUACAUGUUUGAAGACCAUGAGAUGAUCCGACUGGCAGCUACUGAGUGUAUGUGCAACAUGGUCCUGAGUGAGGAGGUACAGAAUCUGUUCUCGGCCGAAGGGACAGAUCGUCUGAAACUGCUGGUGUUGUACAGUGGUGAAGAUGAUGAGAAGUUGAGGUGUGCAGCCGCCGGCGCUGUAGCCUUCUUAACGUCACUGCAGCCAAAACUCUGCACCAAAAUGACGCAGGUGACAAGCCACUGGUUGGAGAUCCUUCAAGCACUUGUGCUGAGCUCAAAUGUUGACCUGCAACACCGAGGGCUCGUCAUCACUCUCAACUUAAUGAAUGCAGAGCGGGAGCUUGCAGCUCUGCUCAUGGAGACGGAGAUGUUCGAAAUCUUGUCUGUUUUGAGCAGGGAUGGAGAUGAAAAGAAACGCAAGUUGUCAGCUGCUGCCCAGGAUUGUCUUACACGAGCAGUGGAGUACGGACUAAUAAAACCCACUGAGGAGGAGACCAGCCCUUAGUGAAAGCAAAUGUAGGACCUUCCAGAGACACAUGAACAAGCUUGCAGACAAAGAACACUCUCACUUUGUGAAACACUGUUGAUUACUAAUGUUUGGGUGUUAAACAAUUCUGCACAAUGUUUUUAUAUAUGGCAGUCUGUUGGAUCUUUCAGUUACACUAGUUUAUUGUGAGGGGUACCAACGAGAUGUAGCACCUUUAAUAUAUAAUGAAGUAUUGAAGAAAUUUAAUUCAGUGUCAAAAUCCUUCAGGAAAAAGAGCCGUUAUGGUUCGGAAUAUUUAUCAUAUUUUCCUUGUGCUCACCUCUGCAGCAGAUGUUAGCUUUUACUCAUCCUGUGGAUAGUUGAACCCUAUGAUCUGUAGCCCCAAUGACUCCCCCAUCGAUUUUGUAGAUGGGGUCAGUGACAGUCAGCAAACUAAUUGACUACAUAGGCUAUUGUAGACCAUGGCCUUGACCUGCUUCUGGUCUGGCUGGGGAAGCUGGGAUAGUUUGAGCAGCACCUUUCAGAGAUUUCUUGUUUAGGUCAUUGCAUUUUUAUUACAUCCACUGAAUAUUUUACACAUUGUCAAUUUGGCUUAGCUUGUAACAUUCAUUAUACUGGCUUUGAACUUCAAAUCACUAUGUGAAUAUCUACUGUGCAUUCCCACUGAGGAGUUCAACAAGAGUCUUAGUGAAAAGAACUCAGACUAUGAUUCAUCUUUGGAGUCCAUCUGAGAGCCAGUAUCUGAAUUUCACAACAGAAGCUGCUCCACAUGAAUAUUAAUCUUUUUAUGUGAAUGCGGACUUAGUAGCUUCCCAUAAACUAGUUGCCUGUAUGUGGUGAAAUGAUUAAUCUGUUUAAUUAUCAAAAUGAGCUUCAUCAACACUGUACAUCUUGCACAUUCACUGUUUUUCACACCAUCAAUCUUUGUUUUUAAUGUAACACAUUAGUUUUGAUGCUUUAUGUUCAGGUAACUAGAACGACUCAAAGAUUGGCAUGCGAGAUGUUGAUAAUGUCAUUUGCAGGCUAGUGUCUUUUAUAUUUAGGAUGGGAUGCAUGUGAAACAGACAGACAAGAGCAGCUUGUUCAUCAACAAGCCUAGUGGAUGAACCAACAGGGCUAAAUUGUUUUUCCCUUGCAUGACCUCUUGUCCAUUCCCCCAUCCAAUCCAAAUCCAAAUGGGUCCAUGAAAUGGUAUGGACCUGGUCUCAACAAAGACAUUUCUAGAUAAUAUAGUGUGUAUUCCAGAGUGGAAUUAAUGCAACUCCUUCUUAAAGAUGUGUAGAAAUCAUUAACUAUCCAUCCAGGUGGCAACUCCUAAACAUUUGCCCUUUAUUUGAAUUUGACUUGAUUUGCUUUUCUAUUGUCACAUGUACCUAGGUACAGGGAAGGGUUUUGCUUGUUGUACGGGCAGAUCAUAUCAUCAGAAGUGUGAUAACUGGGAGGAAGAAGCUGUUCUUGAAUCUAUUGGUAUGUGUGUUUAAGCUUUUAUACCUUUUGCCUGAUGGAAGAGGUUGGAAGAGAUUAGAAGAGAUUAGAAUGAGAGUGGGAGGGGUCUUUGAUUAUGUUGUCUGCCUUCCUACGGCAGAGAGAAAUAUAGAUAGAGUCAAUGGAUGGUGGGUUGGAUUGCAUAAUAGACACCUUCGAGCAGAUGGAACUUGAACCUGGGCCUCUUGACUCAGAGUUAGGACACAAAACCACGCCCUCCUUUCACUAGUUUUCACAGCAAUUUAAAAAUCACUAUCAUUGUAUAUAUUGGCCAAAUUAACACUCCUUAGGAGGCAGCAUAUUUUAAAGUAAUCAUAAGAAUUCAUAUGUUAUCUCGGUUCAAUUUGAUGAUUGUGCUCUGUAUGUAAUUCAACAUUUUUUUCUAUUUUACCAAAAUGUAAAUCCCUAUCGCUCUUUUUACAAGUCUUGUUUAUUAUGCUGUAAAGUGCAAAAAAAACACAAUACACGACUUCUAUGUACAUUCCUUCCUGUACCAAAGUACUGCUACAAUUCUAUAAAUAAUCAGCAAUAAAAUCACUUUUUGCA